GACGGUUCUGGCUGUCAUGCGCGUUUGAGAGUGAAGCAAGGACAUGACAUGAGGCUUAAAUUUCUCACAGAGGAGUAAAACGUCCGCCGCAGCUUCUUUAAAUUAUUCGUUGAAAGUGUUUUUUUUUUUAAAUGUUCCGUUACUUCCUGUCGGUUUCGGCUUCUGUAACAAACUCGAGCUAGCUAAGCUAAUCGUCUGGCUGCUAUUAGCUUGUAAGUGAAAUUAGCAGGCUAAUUUAACUGUGUUCACAGGUUUGCGACUUUUAAAUCUGAAAGAGCAUGGCGUUAAUCCUGUUUACGAGGUCCAGAGCACCUUUAAUGAAAACGUCCCGGUCGUUGAAGAGCGAGUUCCGGAAAGGAAAAGGGAAACUCCAGGAUGGAUCCUACUUCAGCUGCACAGCCCUCAGACUCACCUGUCACAGGCUCGACGGGCUCCGGUUCGGCAGCCUGACCCAGUCCUCCUCCGUGUGUCCGCCCCUCCCUUCGUCCGAUGAACACGUAGGGUCCUGUCAGAACCUGGACCUGCGGCGGCUUCACUGCGCUUCAGCAGCAGGGUGCUUCUGGUCCCUGCACCCUGCUGCCACAGCGGGGACCCACAGGACAGCGGCCCACCUGCAGGACUUCCCCGGCGUCCGGUGGAUCCACACGUCCAGGAGGCGAUGGGACGACUCCAAACUGGAGAAGUCGCUGCGCUCGUUAAAGGACAAGAAGAAGCUGGAGGAAGGGGGUCCGGUCUACAGCCCCACGCUGGACUCGGAACCCGUCAGACGGACGAUCAGACAUCGGGUCGUCAGCGAAAUCAAGCACUACUACCACGGCUUCAGGCUGCUGUGGAUCGACACCACCAUCGCCGCUCGGCUGCUGUGGAAGGUCCUGAAUGGAAACACCUUGACACGCCGCGAGAGGAGACAGUUUCUGAGGACGUGUGCAGACGUCUUCAGGCUGGUGCCCUUCCUGGUCUUCAUCAUCGUUCCCUUCUUGGAGUUCCUCCUUCCUGUGGUUCUGAAACUCUUUCCCAACAUGCUGCCGUCCACCUUCGAGACUCAGUCCAAGAAGGAGGAGAGGCUGAAAAAGGAGCUGAGGGUCAAACUAGAGAUGGCAAAGUUCUUGCAGGACACCAUCGAGGAGAUCGCUUUGAGGAACAAGGCCACCAAGAGCAACGUGACGGAGGAGUUCUCCACCUUCUUCCAGAAGAUCAGGGACUCCGGGGAGCGUCCCAGUAACGAGGAGAUCAUCAAGUUCUCCAAGCUGUUCGAGGACGAGCUCACUCUGGACAACCUGACCCGACCCCAGCUGGUGGCUCUCUGCCGCCUGCUGGAGCUGCAGUCCAUCGGAACCAACAACUUCCUGCGCUUCCAGCUCAUCAUGAAGCUCAGGGCCAUCCGCGCAGACGACAAGCUGAUCGCAGAAGAAGGAGUGGAGAGCCUGAACGUGAAGGAGGUGCAGACGGCCUGCCGGGUCAGAGGGAUGAGGUCUCUGGGAGUCACGGAGGAACGACUGAGAGAGCAGCUCAGCCAGUGGUUGGACCUGCACCUGAACAAACAGAUUCCCACAUCUCUGCUGCUUCUGUCUCGAGCCAUGUACCUGCCUGACACGCUGUCUCCUGCCGACCAGCUGAAAACCACUCUGCAAACACUUCCUGACAUGGCCGAGGGCGAGUCGGAGCCUGAGCCCAGCGUGGUGAAGCUGAGCGAGGCCGAGGCGGAGUCGUCUCAUUCAGAGACGCUGAAGGACCCAGCUCCUCCUGUAGAGGGACUGAAGCGGCAGCCUGCUCUGCACUUCCAGGAUGAGGAGAUCACUAAAGAAGAGAUUGACCUGUUGAGUGACGCCUUUUCAAAGCUGAAGGAGCAGAAGAAACUUCUGACUCUGGAGAAAGAAGAGCUGGAGGAGCUKAAAGACGAUGUUCAGGAGUACAGCGAGGACUUGGAGGAGAUGAAGAGCGAGUUUUCUAAGACGGGUCAAGAGAAGUCUCUGGAGGAGUCGAAGGCCAGCAAGCGUCUGUCGAAGAGGGUGACCCGGAUGAUCAGUCGCAUCGACAAGAUCAUCCUGGAGCUGGAGAAGGACAAGGUCGUCCUGGACGGACAGGUGGACAGUGGAGCCACGCCCCCCGUCAGUUCUUUCCGCACCUUCAGGGAGAACCUGGUCGGCAUGGACGAGCUCAUCGGCAUCAUGCGGCAGAUCCAGAACAUUCCCGAGGACAAGCUGCAGCGGAUCGCCGAGACCCUCGACGAAAACAAAGACGGGAAGAUUGACAUCGAUGAUGUCAUCAAAGUGGUGGAGCUGAUCGACAAAGAGGACAUCGACAUCGCAACCUCGCAGGUGGCGGACAUCUUGGCGAUGGUGCAGAAGGAGGAGAAGCUGAUGGAGAAGGAAAAGGCUAAAGAGAAGUUGGAGAAGGAGCAGGCAGCUAAACUCAGCAGCUGAACUCAUGAAUGUGUAGGGAUCAAACGGUGGUGACAGGUACUCCUGGGAGGCUGCUCUCUGAAAAUCUGCUCUUUUAAAACAUGUUUUAAACACUAUUUAAAACUCGUUACUUCACUGAUUCUGCUCGUUGCUUCUUUAGAGUGAUCGGAUACUCGAUUUGUUCUUAAAUAAGCUGUUAAAAUUUAAAAAACAGACGUGUUGCUGCAGCUCAGGUUUGGGAAGUUUGUCGUUUUGGUUUCUGAAAUGAACCGUUUCUGGAUUCACUCAGUAAAAAUCACCUUCAUUCCUCCUUUUCUGUUGGUUUCUUCAUCAUCAUCAUCAUCAUCCUGUUUCUGUUGUUUUAUUUUCUGAAGGAGGCUGAGACCAAAGACAACAAAAGCAACAUAAAUGAAAUGUUGAAUGUAAAAUGAGUCCAGAUGUACAUAUUAAAUGUAGUUUUGUUGAAAUGGUGCUACAGAUGCUCGUACAGGUUUAAACGGAACUUUUUGUUAAAGCAGUUCAGUCGACACUCAUACCUCCUUGUGUUUGACGGGAUCAUUGUGAUUGGACGUUCAUUUGGGCUCAUUUAGGUUUGAGAGGCGGAGCUUGUUUCGGUCGUUGUUCGCUGACCGUGUCGACGUAUGAAAACAAACCAGAAAACACCCGACGGAGACCUCCACUGAGACGUAGUUCUUCUACAGCUGGGGUCUCAUCAGGCUGUGGCUGUCRGAGGACGUUUGGUGACUCCAAACUGUGAGAAAGUUUGCUUAGUUUCAGUUGAAGUCUCACUGAUUUGAUUGAUUGUGACCAGUCACKGCUCAUUUUUCUAUAGUUUAGCUCGUUAUUUCAUCGUCCACAUCAAACCUGGCCUAAUUAGAUCCGAUUAAACUGAUUCAGAUACAUUGUCCUGCUUUAGCCCCGCCCCAGCCUAUUUUAGCCCCGCCCAGUCUACUUUAGAUCCUCCUCAGACUGAUUCAGAUGCACUCCUCCUGCUUUAGCCCCGCCCCAGCGUGUUUUAGCUCCACCUAGUCUGAUUUAGCCCCGCCCCAGCCUUCUUUAGCUCCGCCUCAUUCUGCUUUAGAGUGGCCUUUAUGUCCACAAGAAAACCGUUUUGAAAUGAAGAACCGUUUUAUUUUAAAUCUGCAACAAAUCAGAAAUGAUUUGGUCAAACUAAAAAAAAAAAAAA